AUGCCAAAGACUAAUAAGACAAGCAGACAAACAGUUUUAAAUACUGCCUAUGCACCAACUUCAGGUGCUUCUAAAAAGAUUACUGUCAAUGGUAAAACUGUUACUGUUACAGCUAAUACUCACGUUGGUAAAUCAGCCCCAAGAAUGAAAGGAAAAGUUGAACACAAAGGAGCCGCUGCUGAAACUAAGAAACUCGAAGCUGCUAUUAAAACAUUGAAAGGCCAACAUAUUGGAGGAAUCGAUGAAUGUGAAAUGAUUCAAAAGAAAGAUGGACAAUAUAAAAUUACUAACUGGAAAAACCCAAAGAUUAUGUGCACUAGUGAAGGUGGAGUCUUCUUUGUUACUGGUGCUAAUAAAGUAGAAGAAAUGACUGAAGAACAAUUCAACAAAGCCGCCCAAGCUCAAAUUGAAGAAAUUACUAAACAAUUUGCUGCCCCAGCUGCUGAAGAAAAGAAGGAAGAAGAAGUUAAAGAAGAAAAGAAAGAAGAGGCUGAAGCCCCAGCUGCUGAAGAAAAGAAAGAAUAA